UUGGGACCAUGGGUAGGGAAGCCGUGCAGAAUGGAUCUGCAUUCUCAGUUCCUGUGGUGUUAUUGUUGACAGAACUGGGAAUCGCUCAGGAUGGGGUCAGUGAAGGAACAACACCGGCCCCCAACACCGAACACGAAGAUGACAACUCUCUGGGCUACACAGGAUCCCGUCUACGUCAAGAGGACACCCCACCUCGGAUUGUGGAACACCCGUCUGACCUGAUUGUAUCCAAAGGGGAGCCUGCCACGCUAAACUGUAAGGCAGAGGGUAGGCCAACCCCGACAGUGGAGUGGUACAAGGAUGGAGAGCGGGUGGAAACAGACCGGGACAAUGUCCGUUCCCAGCGCAUGCUGCUGCCCAGUGGGUCCCUUUUCUUCCUGCGCAUUGUCCAUGGUCGACGGAGCAAGCCAGAUGAGGGUUCCUAUGUCUGCGUUGCCCGCAACUACCUGGGAGAGGCAGUGAGCCAUAACGCCUCGCUGGAAGUAGCCAUUCUGCGUGAUGAUUUCAGACAGAACCCUGCAGAUGUGAUAGUAGCAGCAGGAGAGCCAGCAGUCCUCGAGUGUCAGCCUCCACGCGGCCAUCCUGAACCCACAAUAUCCUGGAAAAAGGAUGGAACCAACAUUGAUGACCGAGACGAGCGAAUCACUAUACGUGGAGGGAAGCUGAUGAUCACAAACGCACGGAAAAGUGAUGCUGGGAAGUAUGUGUGUGUCGGCACCAACAUGGUUGGAGAGCGGGAAAGUGAAAUAGCUGAACUAACUGUACUCGAACGUCCAAGCUUUGUACGUCGUCCUGGUAGCCAGGUGGUGUUAGUGGAUCAAAGUGUGGAGUUCAGGUGUGAAGCCCGAGGUGACCCAGUUCCAACUGUGCGAUGGAGGAAAGACGAUGGUGACCUGCCGAAAGGAAGAUAUGAGAUUCGUGAGGAUCAUACCUUGAAGAUCCGUCGUCUGACUUCAGCUGAUGUAGGCUCCUAUACCUGUGUAGCAGAGAACAUGGUGGGCAAGGCAGAGGCAUCGGCCACGCUCACUGUCCACGUCGUGUCUGUGCCUCCAGCUUUUGUGGUGAGACCGAGGAACCAGGUGGUUGGUGUUGGCAGAACCGUCACCUUCCAGUGUGAGGCUACUGGCAAUCCCCAGCCAGCCAUCUUCUGGCAGAGAGAGGGCAGUCAGAACCUUCUGUUCUCCUACCAGCCACCUCAACCAUCCAGCCGCUUUUCUGUAUCUCAGAGUGGAGACCUGACCAUCACUGAUGCCGAACGCUCAGACGUGGGAUACUACAGCUGCCAGGCCCUCAACAUUGCUGGCAGCGUGAUCACCAAGGCUCUGCUGGAGGUUACUGAUGUGGUGUCAGACCGCCCUCCGCCAGUUAUUCGGCAGGGCCCGACCAAUCAGACGGUAGCUGUUGAUGGCACGGUUGUCCUCAGUUGCAUGGCAUCAGAUAACCCUGCUCCCACAAUACUGUGGAGAAAAGAUGGCACGCUGGUGUCCACUCAUGACUCCAGGGUCAAACAGCUGGACACGGGCGCAUUGCAGAUACGCUAUGCAAAGCUUGGUGACACUGGCACCUACACAUGUAUUGCGUCUACUCCCAGUGGAGAGGCAUCAUGGAAAGCCUACUUGGAGGUUCAAGAGUUUGGAGUCCCGGUACAGCCAAACAGACCCACUGACCCAAACCUGAUCCCCAGCGCUCCUUCAAAACCUGAGGUCACUGAUGUUACCCGAACGUCUGUCACCCUUUCCUGGAAACCCAACCUGAAUGCUGGAGCCACACCCACCUCCUAUGUGAUAGAGGCCUUUAGUCAUUCAUCAGGGAGCAGCUGGCAGACCCUGGCAGAGCAUGUGAAAACAGAGUCAUUUGUACUGAAAAGCUUGAAGCCCAGUGCGGUCUACCUCUUCUUAGUGCGGGCAGCCAAUGCCUAUGGACUGAGUGAUCCAAGUCCCAUCACUGAUGCUGUGAAAACACAAGAUAUCCCACCCACCAGUCAAGGUGUGGACCACCGUCAGAUCCAGAGGGAGUUGGGAGAAGUUGUCAUCCACCUUCACAACCCUACCAUUCUUUCCUCCUCUUCUGUCAGGGUGCAGUGGACAGUGGAGCAGCAGUCCCAGUACAUCCAAGGCUACAAGGUGAUGUACCGCCCUUCUCCGGAGGGAUCACAGAGGAGCGACUGGGCUGUGUUUGAGGUUCGCACCCCUGGCGAGGACAGCACCGUCGUCCCGCAUCUUCGAAAGGGAGUCACAUAUGAAUUCAAAGUCCGUCCCUUCUUCAACGAGUUCCAGGGAACUGACAGUGAUGUUAAAAUUGGCAAAACACUAGAGGAAGCUCCUAGUGCCCCUCCUCGCGAGGUUACGGUGAUGGAGAGCGGGGACAAUGGAACUGCCAUCGUGGUCUCCUGGCAACCUCCUCCAGAAGAGGAGCAGAAUGGUGUGGUGCAAGAGUACAAGAUUUGGUGCUUAGGGAAUGAGAGCAGAUACCACAUCAACAGAACAGUUGAUGGCUCAACCUUUUCCGUGGUGAUUCCCAGUCUGGCACCUGGAAUUCGCUACAGUGUGGAGGUAGCAGCCAGCACAGGAGCAGGGCCAGGAGUUAAAAGUGACAUCACCUUCUUCUGGCUUGAUGCCUCUGGUCGAAUGAGAGACAGUGUGGUGGACCAGCAGAACCCCUUGUCCCAGCAGAUCUCUGAUGUGGUCAAACAGCCGGCCUUUAUAGCAGGCAUAGGAGCUGCUUGUUGGAUCAUCCUCAUGGUUUUCAGCAUCUGGCUAUACCGACACCGCAAGAAGAGAAAUGGCCUCUCCAGCAGCUAUGCAGGCAUACGCAAAGUGCCAUCAUUCACGUUCACACCAACAGUGGCAUAUCAGAGAGGGGGAGAAGCUGUAAGCAGCGCUGGAAGGCCUGGCUUGCUAAACAUCGGAGAGUCUGCCACUCAGCCCUGGCUGGCGGACACGUGGCCCAACACCUGCUCCAACCACAAUGACUGCAGUAUCAACUGCUGCACCGCAGGCAAUGGCAACAGUGACAGCAACCUGGCAACAUACAGCCGCCCAGCUGACUGCAUCGCCAAUUAUAACAACCAGAUGGAAAACAAGCAGACCAACCUCAUGGUGCCAGAAUCUGGUGUCUAUGGAGAUAUAGACUUGUCCAACAAGAUCAAUGAGAUGAAGACCUUCAAUAGCCCCAACCUGAAAGAUGGAAGAUUUGUUUGCCCUGGGGGCCAGCCGACACCUUAUGCCACCACCCAGCUCAUCCAGUCGUCUAUCGUGGGCAACAACAUGAACGCAGACAGAGGAACCGGAGGGAGUGGAGUUGGUCUUGGGGGUGGCGGGGAUAUGAAUGAGAAACACUGCUGGAAGCCCACCACAGCCCAGCAACAGAAACAGGAAAUAGGUUCUCAGCUACAGUAUAACAUCAUGGAGCAAAACAAGCUCAAUAAGGAUCGCUACAGAGGAGGUGACAACCCAAUGCCAGCCACCAUUCCCUACAACCAGACCCACGACAGCCACACUGGAGGCUGCUACAACAGCUCUGACCGAGGCAGCAGCAGUACCUCCGGGAGUCAGGGUCAGAAGAAGGGAAUGCGCACCCCCAAACUACCCAAACAGAGCACAAUGAAUUGGGCCGACCUCCUGCCCCCUCCUCCUGCAAACCCGCCCCCUAGUCGGAACGCAGAGGAGUUCUCACUGUCCAUGGAAGAAAGCUGUGACCCAGACAUGCAGUGCGCCGUGCCCAACUCCCACAUGUACCUGCAGCCUGAUGACCUCGAGGAGGAAGAGGAGAUGGAGAGGGGACCCACCCCUCCUGUCCGAGGGGCCGCCUCAUCGCCGGCAGCUGUGUCUUAUAGCCACCAGUCCACAGCCACUCUCACCCCCUCACCCCAGGAGGAGAUGCAGCCGAUGCUCCAGGACCCACCCAGCAACCAUGAGCGCAGACGCCACACUGUGAGCCCCCCACCCCCUCCCCGCCCAGUCUCUCCUCACACGUAUGGAUAUAUCUCCAGCCCACUGGCCUUGGACACUGACGGUAUGGAGGAGGAAGAGGAGAUACUAGAAGAGGAAGAGGAAGGUGAUGACACAGAUGCAGAGGUGGCCAAGAUGCACUACCAUCACACCCACCCCCACACACACCCCCAUCACCCCCAGAUGCAUCCACGACGGUUGUUACUGCGAGGGCUUGAACAGACGCCUGCAUCCAGCAUGGGCGACCUGGAAAGCUCUGUGACCGGCUCUAUGAUCAAUGGGUGGGGAUCAGCCUCUGAAGAGGACAAUGUCUCUUCAGGGAGGUCCAGCGCCGUCAGCUCGUCAGAUGGAUCCUUCUUCACAGAUGCCGACUUUGCUCAAGCUGUUGCAGCAGCUGCAGAGUAUUCAGGCAUCAGGCUUCCCAAGUAUCCAAACACAGAGGGCCAGGAAGUAGGAGGAGCUUCAGCACGAAAAUACCAAAUAGCCCCAUCAGGCCACCGUCCUGGCAGCCCGGUGUCUACAGACAGCAACAUGAGUAUGGCAGCAGUACACAGGAGGCCUCCUAAGAAGCAGAAACAGCACCCUGCAGGGCAUCCUGGGAACCAGCGGCGUGAAGGUUAUAACGAAGAUCUCCCACCUCCUCCCAUUCCACCUCCAGCGGUGCUUAAGUCUCCAACACAUCCCUCCAAGGUAGCACUGGAGGGCCGGGGAGUGGUUCCCUCCAAGGCAAGUGAGGGUCGAGACAGGCGAGGAGGAUCAGGAGGCAGUCGGCCCAGAGAGGGUUCCGACCCCAGAACCAGCUCAAAUGAACGCAAAUAUCUUGAGGAGAGAAAAAAGACUGCUAAUGGAGGGAAGGGGAGUAAACAUGAGAGUAGCACUGCUGGGAAGACACACCAACAACCAGGUACAGAGGACAUUAUGCCCUACAGCCGGCCACAAUUCCCUAUAGUCAAUAGUCCCAGAGACCCAAGCUCCUCCAGCUCCAUGUCCUCCAGGGGCUCAGGAGGCCGACGGAGAGAGGGGAGACCAGGGGGUCGCAGGAACCCUGCAGACAUGGGCCUCCACACUUCGGGGGCCUUUCAACAAGGAGAUGAAGACCUACAGAUGGUAGAAAGCUGAAGAACAGAGAUGUGGAUGAGGAAGAACUGUCCUGAGUUUUCCAACAGUGGAGCACCAUUGUUUCUCUUACUAUUUUGAAUAACUCAGUAUUUCACCAUCAUGUGGGCUGAAAUCAUACCAUACUUCAGUAGUGUUUCUUUUCAUCUGGAAAACAGACCACUGUUUUUUUUUUUUUUUCUUAACAUCAUUUUUAUGUCCAUUUUAAAAAAAAAGUGUGAAGAAAAAGAAUGGUGCAUUGAAAACAAAAUACACAGCAGUAUAUAUAUAUGUUUUAUUCCAAUGCAAUAUGGGGUGAAGUGUUACUCCAGACAUUGACAUGACUCAGCUUGCCUUGACAAAAACUUCGAGAGCCCCAUACAGUGACAUGUUACUGUAAUUUAAAAAGCUGCAAGCAGAGAGGGAUGGACUGUCUGUAAAUAUACAUGUAAACAUCAUGUCCUCUUGUUUUACCCAAUGUGGUACCUCAAAAAAAAAAUGUUUGUCUUCCUUGUUUUGCAAAUUCUAAUUUUAUUAUGCCAGUAAAUAUAAUUAUUAUUUUAUCAUUUCCAUCCUUGUUGUAAAUGUAUAUUAUUUAGCUGCCCCAAGAAAGUGCCACUUUGGGAUUUUUUUUUCUUUUUCUUUUUGUAAUGCACUGUUAUGUUUUGUGUUGUCAAUGUUUGUUUUACUUUGGUUUUAAAAGCACAAUCACUAAACUUUAUUUUAAACCAUUCGAUCUAUUAACCUUUUUGUCUUACUGGAGGAAAACAGGUAUGACAAAAGUGUCUAGUUAAUCUUGAAGAUGAUGUUGAUGAUGAUGAUGAUGAUGAUGUAGGUAAAGGCAGACGGUUGUUUACAAAGACUGUUUGAAAGGAGACUCCUUGCAUUGUAAUAGUCUCCCUCUCCGAUUCUGAUGCUAGCUUGACCGAUGAUCAAGACAGUUAAUGUGAGCCAUAGCUGCAAUGUAAAUAUAUUUUCACAUUGAACAUAAAUCCAGCUAUUGCACAUUAAUCACGAGGGUUGUUUUGACUGCUAAUGCACUUAAAUGAAUGUCAAAUACAGGAAGUCAUUUUGGAAACUGGAGAGGAUGUGACUGGACAAAAAGAGUCUCUUUUCAGGGUGAGGCCGUGGCAAAGGACCCUUUUCUAAGGGGAAAGGGUGCUAUUGUUUAUUCAUAGAACAUCUGCAAACAUUUGUUUCGUAAUGCAAAAAAAGUAAAAAGAACCAAAAAAAGAUGAAUAAAAAAAUCAAACA